CGGCCCACUGAUGUUUGCUGCUUCUCUGAAACAUUGUAUCUGUAAAUGAAAACUCAGAUACACCCUCCGUUAUGGCUCUACUGUCCAAAGGCCAAGGCAGCACAGAAGGUUAAUGAAACUGUAUAACAGAGUCCUUCCCUCUCAGUGAGAGUUUGUCUGCGUGGAGCUGAAGCAGCCAGCAUGUCUCCGAGGAUCCUUGUAACGCUCCUGGCCGUGUCCUGUGCUGUUUCUGCUCAGUCAGACGUGGAGAGCCAGGCGAGGGAGUUCCUGGACAGGUUUGACAAGGAGGCGAGUGACCUUAUGUACCAGUACUCGCUGGCAUCAUGGGCCUACAACACCAACAUCACACAGGAGAACGCAGACAAAGAGGCAGAACAGGGAGCGAUCUGGGGCACGUUUUACAACAGAAUGUCUGAAGAGUCCCAGAAAUACCCCAUCGACCAGGUCAACGACCUGGAAAUCAAAUUACAGCUCAUUUCCCUACAAGACAAAGGCUCUGGUGCUUUGUCCGCAGAUAAAGCUGCACAUCUGAAUAAAGUCAUGAGUGAGAUGAGUACAAUCUACAGCACAGCCACAGUGUGUAUGCUUGACAACCCGCUUAACUGUCUGACUUUGGAGCCAGGACUGGACGAAAUAAUGGCCACUAGUCGAAACUAUGACGAACGUCUCCAUGUGUGGGAGGGCUGGAGGAAAGAAGUAGGAAAGAGGAUGAGACCUCUCUACGAAGACUACGUGGAUCUGAAGAAUGAAGCUGCCAAGCUAAAUGGUUUUGAAGACUAUGGCGCUUACUGGAGAUACAACUAUGAGACUCUUGAGGACGACAUCAUGUACCAUUACACAGGCGAUGAGUUAAUGGAAGAUGUCCGUGUAAUAUACAAACAGAUCCUGCCUUUAUACAAGGAGCUGCAUGCCUAUGUGAGAGCCAAGCUUAUGGAGGUCUAUCCAGGGCAUAUUGAUUCAGAUGGAUUUCUCCCAGCCCACUUGCUGGGUGACAUGUGGGGAAGAUUCUGGACCAACCUUUAUUCUCUAACAGUGCCCUAUCCUGACAAACCAGAUAUCGAUGUCAGUCAGUCUAUGGUGGACAAGGGUUGGACCGAGCUUCAGCUUUUCCAAGAAGCUGAGAAGUUCUUCAUGUCUGUGGGCCUUUACAAGAUGUUUGACAACUUCUGGACUGACUCUAUGUUUGUACAUCCCGAUGAUGGACGCAAUGUGGUCUGUCACCCCACAGCCUGGGACAUGGGAAACAGAAAGGACUUUAGGAUCAAGAUGUGCACCCAGGUUAACAUGGACAACUACCUCACAGCACACCAUGAAAUGGGACACAACCAGUACCAGAUGGCUUACCGCAACCUGUCCUACCUUCUGAGGGACGGAGCCAAUGAGGGUUUCCACGAGGCUGUUGGAGAAAUCAUGUCCCUCUCUGCUGCAACACCCAAACACCUACAGAGCCUGAAUCUCCUGCCUGCUGACUUUGUUUAUGAUCAAGACACAGAGAUCAACUUUCUGCUGAAACAGGCACUCACUAUUGUGGCCACCCUGCCUUUCACCUACAUGCUGGAGGAAUGGAGGUGGCAGGUGUUUGCAGGGAACAUCACCAAGGAUGAAUGGAUGCAACGCUGGUGGCAGAUGAAGAGAGAGAUGGUUGGGGUGAUGGAGCCAGUGCCAAGAGAUGAGACUUACUGUGACCCACCCGCUCUGUUCCAUGUGUCUGGAGACUAUUCAUUCAUCAGGUACUUCACACGAACCAUCUACCAGUUUCAGUUCCAAAAAGCGCUCUGCGAUGCGGCCGGUCACACGGGCGACCUGUCUGCAUGUGACAUCACUAAUUCUAUGGAAGCAGGAACCAAGCUAAGGAAUAUGUUAGAACUUGGAAGGUCUAAGUCUUGGACCAGGGCUUUGCAAGCAAUAUCUGGUGACACAAAGAUGGAUGCCCAACCUCUGCUGGACUAUUUCCAUAAACUUUAUGAGUGGUUGCAGGCAGAUAACAAGAAACACAACAGGGUGGUAGGCUGGAGUGAAGCUCAAUAUCCAGAAUAUUCAAUUAAAGUGAGACUAAGUUUAAAUUCUGCAAUGGGUGAUGAUGCUUACCCCUGGAAUGCCAAUGAGCUUUACCUGUUCCGGGCCAACAUUGCUUAUGCCUUGAGGCAGUACUACAGCCAGAAGAACAAGACUCUUCCUUUCACAACAACUAAUGUCAUCACCUAUAAGGAGACUCCCAGAAUCUCUUUCUACGUUGUCGCCAAAAACCCAAAUACACCCACUGAAUUCAUCCCAAAGAAUGAGCUGAAGGAAGCCAUCAGGUUAGCUCGAGGCCGGAUCAACGACGCCUUCAACUUAGGUGAUAAUACUCUGGAGUUUGCCGGUAUCCUACCAACACUGGCCUCACCCACUGAGCAACCUGUGCAGGUGUGGCUGGUGGUAUUUGGUGUGGUUAUGGGCAUUGUGGUGGUAGCCGGCGUCUACCUUGUCGUCUCUGGUGUCAAGGAGCGCAGGAAGAAAAAGCCUGGUGUGGAGAACCCCUAUGAGUCAUCCACUGAUGGACAAAGCAACAAAGCCUAUGAUGACAGUGACAAUGAGCAAACUGGAUUCUGAGUCUACCGCUGUCGUAGAAGAUCAGAGGGAAGAUCAGUACUUGUGUCCAGUGAUCUCAUAGCCUUCCCAGAAAUGGGAAAGUAAAGCUUUAAAAGUUCUCUUCUUCUUUCAUCAGUGCUGCAUGGCCUCCAAUCAACAAUAACAGAACAUUAACAGUGCUAAAUGUGAAGCAUUAUGCUGAAGGUUGUUAAUUGGCAACAGUGAAUAACCCUGUUAAUGAACAGUAUCCUUAAUUGCCAUUUACAUAGUAUACUUCCAUGUGAGUGUCAUUAAAGUGUUAUUAUACAGUAUUUUGUGAUACAAUAAGUAACAAGUUUAACACACUGCCUUACCUCCCUUUUUGAAACCCUUUUACUUACCUGUGCAAUUAUGUA